AUACACAUGAAAAUUUUAUUCGGGAUAAAAAUGAAUUACAUAUGGUAGUAAUAGUCAUUGUUGUACAUUUGCAUAAUUUAAUAUUCACUUGAUUAAAGGAAAGAAAAAACAACAAAGAAACCACACAUCAAAAAAACAACUCCAGUUCAUUUAUCAGUUAGUGAAAAUUUACAAAAAAAAUCUACUCAUAAUGCAAUGGUUAACUAUGAUUUUUUAUUUAUUUUUAAUGUUCUCAAUUAGUGAUACAUUUGAGUUAGAUGAUACAUUCAAAGAUGAUUAUGAUGAUGAUGUUUUUAGUAAUAAUAACAAUGAUAAUGAAUAUAUCAAAAGACAAUAUCCAUUAACAAUUAAACGAUAUUUAACAAUGACAGCUGAAAAAUAUCUAUGGAAUAAAUUAAUGAAUGAAAUGAAAACUGGUGGUUUACAAAAAUUGAUACAUCCAAGAGUACCUACUGCUUUAAGAUUUGGUUAAAGAAGAUAUGAAAUAAAAAUGAAAUGAAGUUGACAACAUAUAGCUUGUCUUUUAAUAAUUUAUGAAUUAAUAAAUUUGAAAAGUUCUAUUAUUUAAAUAA